AGUGCCGCUGUAUUCUUAUGUCAUAUUAUUGAAAAGGUUCACGAAUACUGCGUAGACGCUGCAUUGUCAACCACCUUCCGUGCUAAUUUUACUUUACCAUGGCUAUUAAUAAUUAUUAAGAUUUUGUUUAUUUUCUGACCGACUGCAACAAUGUCGGGCUGGACACUGGUGUCGAUUUUUAUGUUCACUACAGUGUUAUGCGGUUACGCUCAAGUGUUGCCGGGGGAUUCGGUAAAUUCAAGGAAGAGCUUGUUUGCCCAAACUCCGAAAGUCUCCAAAGCACCAAGAGAUGCACAAAAAGGCCCAGCUUACGCUGCGCCCAUGGGAGGUGGUGUGCUCGGCGGUGAAAUGGUCAACGUAACUGUGCCCUGCUCCGAUCCGAGCCAGGUCCGCUGCAAAUUCGGCCGGCAUGAAACGGCGGGCUUUUGCAUAGACCACGACAAAGCGAAAUGUCAAGCGCCGAUGACGCUGGAAAGCGGUUGGCUGCCCUUUGCUGUUAGCGUUGACGGAGUUCACACCUACAAUACCUCCGGGGAGUUCUUUGUCGCACCGCAUGGACAAAGUGUGGCUAGGGUUAAUUUGCGUAACCUCGAUGACUGGUACUCGGAAAAUCCUCUCAAACAGCUCAAGCUCACUGUAGAAUGGAAGCCUCGGGAAAUGACCUGGACGGACCGCAUACAAAUCGAUAUCGGUCUUUGGGGAUAUCAGGAAGAGGCUGACCGUUCAGUGAUACAGUUCAUUGCCAAUAUCGCCCUCAACCUCCCCAAAGAAGAUGGGCAAUACAGUUUCUAUCCUCAUCAUUUGGUAGUUCAGCGGCCGACGGCAAAAUUUACACAGGGAUUUAUCCGCAUAAGCGCUUCCAACGCUUUGGGAAAGACAUCGCACGAAUAUCCGCACCUUUGGUCGGAAAUGAUUCCUUUGGCAUGGUACUUCCAUAAACAAUGGCGCCAGGAUUUCGGUGACGACUACGCUGGGCAGUUCUGCCGGGAUUGGUAUUACAGCGAUCGCGCAUUGCCGGAGUUCAUCAGUUCGCUCGAGCCCUGUCCUUGCACCAUGGAACAAGCCAAAGCGGAUAAAGGUCGCUUCACACUGGAUGUGGAGUGCGACUCUGAUCGCGUUAGUGCCUGCAAUUUCCAUAAAGGUGCCAUUCACUGCGUCUACGGACGAGUGCAGCCGUCCACCGGAGCCGGACAGGAGUGCUGUUAUGAUGGCGCUAAUGGACGACUACUGAUUAACAAUAAAUGGCGCGGUUCACCGAAUCGUGUGCAUCCAUACGGUGCCCCAACCGACUGGAAAUCCCCAAAAGUACCGUCCCUGUCCAACUGGUUGCACGACAAAAUGCCCUGGCUUCUGUGCUGCCAAUGGUCAGACAAUUGCGAUUAUUACUCACAGUAUCGGCUUGUAUCGCAAGACUGCGGUGGCUACAAAAAUCCCGGAGCCGCAAUUAUUUAUGGCGCUGCUCACGUCAUUACAUUCGACAAAGUUCAGUACACUUUUCCUGGACUGGGCGAUUACAUACUCCUACAGUCCGAUUUGCCACACUUCGCCAUCAACGUACAAGUCCGUCUGCAGAAACUGCCGAAUGAACACUUUGGAAACACCAGUUCGACGUUUGCCAAAGCUGUUGUUAUGCAAGAAGACGGUUCCGACAUUGUGGAAAUACGAGCAAAUGAAAACAAACAUGAAAAAUAUCGGCAUCCCAAUCUCCCUGUUUUUGUUAACGGUCAGCCUGGCUACUUCAACCAAUCGUGGCUCAAGAUGCAGCAAUUUAAAGGCGUAUGGAUUCAUGACAUCGAAUACGCUCCUCAACGUUCUAACCUCGUUGUGCGCUUUCUGUCCGGAAUCGCUGUCGAGGUCCACGGAAGACAGGGUCGACUCCAUGUUACGGCAUACGUGCCUCCCGAAAUUAAGAAUCAUACAUACGGCUUGUUUGGCAAGUGGAAUGGUAUUCCGAAAGAUGAUCUAACAACGACCAAUGGAAUCGAAGUAUCCACGACAGCCAGCACAAGAUCCAUAUAUUCUGAUUUCGCUCGAACUUGGCAAGUCAAAGAUAACUCUGAUACCGAAGAGCCUGAAUCUUCGUUCCGAGCUAACAGUGACCAUAAAGCUGAUGUCACUCAACGCGCCGAUGACUGGGUUCCUGUAUUCGAAGUACCAGAACAUCCUCCACGGAACUCCACACAUGACGCAUGCAAGAAGCAGACGAAAUGUGCGGUCUACGAGACGGAGAGGACAGGGAUUGCCGCUGCGACUAUCUGAUCACCGGAGACCGUGAGAUCGCCCACGCCACUCUAAUUGCAAAGCUGGAAUUCCUAGUUAUGAGAAGCAGAGGAUUGCGUCCGGCGCAGGCUUGGGACUUGGGAGUAGUAAUAUUCACGCCGCCGAAUGAGGCCAGUGAAAAUUGUCGCAGUGCAAAUGGUGAUGCCAUGUCUGAAGCUAGCACAGUCGUUGUGGUUAGCACACUCUUUGUCGCUUUAGCACACUCGUUGUAGGUAACAAUGAAUUGUCGACAGAACUACCCGAAUAGCAAUCACAAAAAACGGCUGUGUUAUGUUUUUAAUAGUUGCAUGAUGUAGCGUAUACGAAGUGUAUUGGCUAGCUAUAACCGAUUAUGAAUUUCAUAAUAGUACUCGUGGUUAAUUGUCAACUGCGCGAGUUCGUCGAUAAAUCAUAAUAACAGCUAAAUAAAUAUGG